UACAUUUGUUUUGAACAAAAGUAGCUGCUUUGAAAAGAUCCGCUUUUAAUCUAUUUUUUGUAUCUUCUUUGCUUUAUUGUCAACAAAACCAAAAUGAUAAAUGUUAAAGGUGGAAGAUUUUGUAGCUGUUAGUGUUUUUAGAUGCCCGAUUUGAGGAAAACAUUGGUUUGAAGUAAGUAAAGUGAUCCACAAGAUGGUAAAUCUAUUAGAACAUCCUUUUUGUGGCUGGUAUUAAUUUAAACGACGGUCGGUAGCAAAUUAAGCUUAAAUCAGUACCAACACAACAGUUUGACAACAAGAAAUCAACAACGUCGUCAGGAUUUUUCUUGAAUUACUACAACUAGCCGAGAUUGAUUCGACUUUAUAAUGGAGACCUCUUCRAGUGUAGACGAGAAACUGUCCGAUAAAGAGAUGGACGGCGGUGAUAUUUUCCCAAUUAUGUCAAAACACGCGGAGAGCUCAGACAUCGAUGAAUACGAACCCGGCGCAGAAGACGAGGACGAAGAUGAAGACGAAAAGACAAAGCAAGUUGUCGGCUAUCACAAUCGAUGGAGCUCAGAUGGAGGUCCAGUGGAACUUGAUAGUGACCCGUCAUCAGAUCUUGAUAAUGACUAUUACAGUGAUGAAGCUUCUGUCAAUGGGAAUGACGGUGAAAAGACAGAUGAAUAUGAGUCUAAUCCAAUUGCACAACAAACUCGACAGGACAAAGCGAGAUUAUUGGCACUAAGACGUCAUCUUGACCAGCUCAGUGAACAAGUUUUGGAAAAGGAUUAUAUUGUUAUACAAUCAAGGGAAGAGCUUAAAAAGUGCAGAGAUGUCAUAGAAUCACUGGAACGUCAAAUUGAAGACGUCAGAAAACAGAUUGAGAUUGAUGAAUCCAACCAAUACAUGGCAUCUCUUGGGCGAUUAAAUUCCCARUACUCCAAACUGUGUGCAGAGCUGGCAAAUGAAAAAGAUGUCCUAAAAGUGAAAACCAAGCAGUUGUCAGAUGCUGAAUAUGCUCUUGCCCAAGCMACUGCAGAACAAGGAAAGUUCCUCGUUGCUGGAGAAGAAGUGGACAAAAAUGACAGAAUGGUUGAGAGACAUAAGCAAGAGGCAUCAGCAUCGAGARUACGUAGAGAAAAUGCUACAGCUGCUGUAGUAGACAGACGACGUAGAACUAGAGAAAAGGAGCAUGUGUCAGCAUUGAGAGAAAGAGAGAGAAAACAUAGACAAGCUAUAACUGCUGCAAAGAGRAACAGAGAACAUGCAACAAAGUUUCUCAAGGAAACAAUGUCRAGGGUGCGGCAAAAGGAAGCAGAAGAGGAAGAGAGAUCAAGGGAAUACUUGGACAAUCGCAUGCAAGCAGUGCUGACACUUAAACGUAACAUUGAGACCAAUAAAGAAAACCUAAAAGCUCUUCAAGCAAGGGAUGCAAAGCUUGCACGUGAGAAAGAAGAACAAGAAGARCAAGAAAGAGCAGAGUUGCUAGCACAAGGACUGAAUCCUGAUGAACUAAUGACAAGAAGGAAGAGAAUACAACAGUUUGAAAAAGAUAAAGAAGCUUUUGAGAAAAGGCAAAGAGAAAGACAGAGAGCCACAAGGAGACGGCCAAAGCCAAAAUUUUUCAAGUCAACAAGUGGCUCAUCAUCAAUGGAGUAUAGUGCUGAUGUAGAAGAUACCGGGGACAAGUGGAUAGCUGGUAGACUGGUUGCUGUGUCCUCUGAUGACGAUGACUUUUCACCUUAUGGAGAAACUAGUAGAGAUGAGGCUAAAGCAGGAGAUUCUGAUAUUGAUAUCACAGAAGACUUGGCAGAACCUGAGUUCAAAGGAUUGUGGGAGGUUGAUAACGACCAGAGUGUUAGUAAUAAAGCUUCCAAGACAAGAUUUACAGCCCACGUUCCUACAACUAUGGAACAGGAAAUUAUGGACAGAUCUCUUAUGAAGCAAAGAGCAGGAAUAGUUCAGAAACAAGUAGCUGCUGGGAGGGAAUUCAAGGGCUGUGCCUUUUACAGUAAACCAGAAGUUAUCAUAUUCAAGGAUUUUGAYGUUGGGAAGUCAUACCGUAAAAAAGUAGUUCUCACAAAUAUMUCGUAUACGCAAAACUUUUGUAAAUAUAUUGGAAUGUCACAUGUUCUGAAGGACUUUAUUGAAAUACAGUAACUCAAUGAAGACCUGGAAGGCCAGAUUGACUUCCUGGCUCAAACUGGUCCCUUUGCUUUACCUAUUAAAUGUAUGACAAAGAAAUGCCAGGUUAAAGUAGAUGUAGUUGAGGUGGACUUUGCCAGUCAAGUUGUUGGUGAAACAAGGAAAAGAAUCGUCACAAUGACUAACAAUGGUGCACUGGGMACUGACUUCGAGUUUAAGAAAAUAUCAGCUCUGGACAGGUCUGAUGCCACUUCUGAUAUAUCAAGCAUUGGAGGAAUGACUAUAACAGAAGAAAAUGGCGAAGCUGAGCCAGAAGCUGAAGAAACUAAGCCAGAAGGCAUUGUCGACGCUGUCACUGCUAGUGAGGGCAUUACAGAUGAACAACUUGAUAAGGCUGCGAUYCCUGUAAGUGAAAGCAAGUCAGGUUCUGAGAAAGCUACAGUGGUACAAUUUGAAGAUGGUGAACCYGAAAAUCUAGWUGAGCCUCCGGUCGAUGAAGUGGAUGGUUUUGAWACUGGYAUUAACACAGUCUCUCCUGUACCUACUGAUCUWAUGAUAAUGGAUGGCUUAAAAGUUGGAAAGCUGGCGUCAGGGAACAUUGGUCCAUUUUCCACUGUUCAACUUGAAAUYUUAUUCGCUCCAGUGAAGGCAGGAAAUGUCUUGUCGGACUUCGAGAUUAGUUUCAGUGACCCACUCUCUCCUCCGAUAAUGGUGCGUGGUCGUGGGUGUGGUAUUGAUGUCCCUGUAUGGGUAGAGCGUGAGGUUGUUGACCUAAAGAUCUGYAUGUACGACCGUCUUUAUCAAGAUGCCAUUGUUGUGAAUAACAGGGCGACAUCUGCAUUAAGAUUAAAGUUUGAAGUGUGUAAAGAGCUCAAGAAUCAUCUUGAACUCCUUCCUAAAAUGGCCUACAUCCAGGCUGAAUCACAGUUCUCUGCACAACUCAAGUUCUUACCAAGGCAAUCUUUACCUACAGAGUGCCUGUCAUAUUUUGACCAAGAAACAGGACUACUUGAAGCUCCCAUGUUGAUACGAGUGGCUGACCAGACCCGUGCUGUCCCGUUYACUGUACGAGCCAUUGUAACAUCAUCAGACAUUGAAUUUAACGUCCAGGAAUUAGACUUUGGCNGAUCUUAUGCAAAUGUUAUUGACUAUAGAACAAAACUCGACUCUCCACAAAUGAAAGAGGAGAAAAUACGUUAUAUUGUAAUGCAUACUAUUUCUUUCCCGUACCGAAAUGCAUUUUUGCUAGUUAACACAAMUGAUUUUCGUGUAUUUCAGACUGUCGAUGUCCAGCCAAACGAUGGCUUUGGAACUUUGCUUCCCUUUGAAAGACUUGACAUUGAUAUCAUUUUCAAUGCUAAAAAGGCAAAGGAGUACACGUUCGUGUUAACCUGCAAGUCAGGUAUUGGUCGGGAAUUCAAACUACCAUGCCGUGCAGUUGGUGUACUACCUCCUUUAGAACUCUCCCACACUCUCAUUCAAAUGAAAGCCACCGCCAUCGACGACACGUGCUCUUCUCACCUUGAAGUGAUCAACCCCCACACUAGUGCCAAUGAAUUUACUCACCCAGUACCUAGGAUAGGGACUGGACCUGUUUGUGAAGUUGGACCAACAUCGUUUGAAUUUGUUGUACCUCAAGGAGCGCCACUUAAUGUAUCGCCUUCUGUAGGUGUGGUCAAUCCGGGCAAGCGUUGUAUUGUUCAUGUGACCUUCAACCCUCGUUUGGAUGUUCAACAAGUCAAACAAGAGGCAGUGAAGAUUAUCGAACGUGAGGCUGAGGCUGAGAGGAAAAGAAAGGAGGCCGCGUCUCCCACUGAGAAAUCACAGGAAGCUCCAUCCAACCAGAAAAAGAAGYCAAAAGGUAAAAGUGGGAAAUCAUCGCCCAAGAGAAAUGCCACACCAAGCUCUCCAAGUCACUCUAGAAAACCAUCAGCAAAGAUUGCCGCCAAACCGCAGUGUAACGUGGAGGACAUYACUGAAGGGUAUUUAUUARAAUUGACGCUACCAAACGAAUUUAGCCGAUAUGUAAUACCAUGCUUUGUUGCGUCUGGUAAAUGUACUGAACCAGGAACGCUGCCUUGCAGUGUCCAUAACACGUUGUAUCUUGAGGUGCAUUGUCCUACUGUAACUCCAUCCGUCGUAGUCAUAUCRGACAGCGGUCGUAACGUGGUGGAUUUUGGKAACGUUUCUUUAGGUCAAUCUGAUUUGAAGACGAUCACUAUACAAAAUAUGUACCAUGAAACUCUAUGUAUAAAGUCCUCAUUACUAGACCCUCACGGUCCAUUUCAGCUGCUCAAUGCUCUCAGAAGCCUGGAACCACAGGCCACUCACACAGUUGUUCUGUCUUUUGAACCCAACUCUGCCAAAGAGUUUAAUGAAGUGCUUGAGCUACACUGUCCUCGUAACACGUUGUCUAUCAGACUAAAGGGACGGGGUGUUACACCUGCUAUUUCACUGUCAAUUCCUGAUGGACAACUGGACCUUGGUGAUGCUCUGGUCAAUGACUCAGUCGUGUCGACGUUUAAGAUCAACAAUACAUCAGAAUUAGCCAUCACCUACAACCUCAGACUUGAUAGUCAGUCAUCAUUACGUCAUAGUAGAGCCCAGGCUCUUCCCGGUUAUCUCGAACAGUACAAAGACCUCAACGACAAGCAAUGGCCCAUCGUCGGGCCUUCUAAUUGUAAUGGUGUUGCAGUUAUUGAUUGUGUACCAGAACGUGGGGUCAUCGCUCCUGGCGAGUCAAAGGAGAUCACCGUGACGUUUGCCCCAGACCAUCCCAGCGUGCACUACGUUGAUGUCAUGUCAGUUGUGAUCAACGAUGGGGACAAGGCGGAGAAGAUUAAGCUGACAGGACGUGGCUGGCCGUCACUUGUGUUUAUACAAGGUUUCGACGAAUUGAUGCCCAGUAUAGAAUCUCUUGUUCCACAAACAGAACAUGACGAUGAAGAAGAUACCAAAGUCGUCAAAACUGUUCUAUUGUCAUUUAAAAGCUGCUCUAGUCCCGAGGGUUUCGGAAUAGCCGAAAGACACUUGGAAAUAGGCUGUAUUAAGUCAAGUAUCCAAACCAAAAAGUCAUCUGAUUAUUUCUUUGAAAACCCCAAGGAAGCCAACGAAAAAGGGUUUACCUUUGACCCGAUGAAGGCUGGGGUGGAUAUCGGAUCAAAGAAAACGAUUACAUGUCGAUGGCAGCCACCCCCUGGACACGAUCCAAAUACACCUAUAAAUACUAAUACUGUGUUAACCGUCAAAGCUGACGUCACAACUCAGUACAAGAUUUCACUACAAGGCUUUGUAACUACCAUUGAGCAGAUCAACGAUCUUCAACCAACUGCUUCACCCUCACCAAACAACUGAUUACUGUCCUAAUUCUCCUUGGGAUAUAUUGUUUGUCAUAGGAGAACUUAGAUGUAARUCACUUGCAAGCUCGCUCUAUUUAAGGUUGGGUUACCUUUGUCAAAUUGCCAGUCAUUUUUUUUUCUUUUCUGGAAGGUUUUGAAUUGUAAAAAGCGGUCGAAAAAAGAAAAUGUCGGCUGUGUGUUUUAUAAAGAAAUAUAUCUUUCAACCGUAACAUC